UGCCUCUCAAAAAUAUAUAUAAAAAAAAAUCAAAUCCUCUCUGUUUAUACUCUAUAUAAACGAUUUACUGAACUACCUCUUUAGAUCGCUCCUUGUCAUGAUAGACGGAUGUUGGCUGGUGUUGUAAACUUCAAUUUUAUUUGUAACGCUAUUACGCACUUAAAACAAAGACUUGUACUGGAUGACGAUCUUUCGAUAGAUUCCUCUCCUUUCCUUUCAGUUCUAAAGCAAGUCGUAUUCACUAAAUCUCUCGGCGUUUAUAUCGAUGAAUACUUAUCUUGGAGUGUAAAAAAUAAUAACUUGACUCGGGCUAGAACUUGACUUGUGGUCCGAUGAAACUCUCGAUCUGCCUAAUAACACUACUGUAUUGAUAUUUAUCAAUCGGGGUCUUACUAUGGCGCUUGGUGCCACAACACUAGCGAUAGGUAACAAACAUGAAAUAUGGACAACGUUCGGUUUUGGAAGAAAAUUUGAAUUUAGCUUGACGUUUCGUAUGCUACAACAUACAUCUUUAGAAGUAAUGGUUAUCAAAAUUGAAAGAAUUACCUUUAUUAAUUAAAUUUAAAGCGAGGUAUCGGCAAAAAGUUAGACAAUAAUUAACCUAAAGUAGUGACACCUGGGCGGUUUUAAUAAAGCCACAGUUUUUUGCUGCCGACGUUCGAGGGUGGGUUGAAAUCCCGUAUUGACAGUGUCUCCUUAAUUUUACGAUGUAAACCAUUUGCUAAGACUUCAAAAUGAAUUCGAAAUUCCGAGAAAAUUUCUCGGAAUUUUUUAAGCUUUUUAGCCAAUUAAGGGAAAGCGUGCACAGAAUCCUAUCUACAUUAUAAUAUAAUUAAAAAGUAGCGUUUCUACUCAUCCAUGAUCUUAAUUAUCUCCUAUCCCAGUUAGAUCUGGUAGCGGAGUAUUGUGCUCGAAUUUUUACAUGUAUUUUAGUCUAUCUUUUACAAUUUCACAAGGUACUGAUAGAAUCGAGGUAGUCUUGUUAAGAAGACAAACUAAAGGAAACUAUUAUUUAAAGGCAAAUGUGUAUUAAAGCUUAAUUAAUUCCUUUAGCAGAAAUAGCCGUGAAGAAUCAUUUCCUGUUUGAGAAGAACCAGUUCUACGUCAUCCAGAUGGAAACCUGGCUUCAACCAGGGGAAUAUGUCAUUAAUAUGGCGUUUAAAUCUGAACUAAGAGAAGAGCUGGGAGGAUUCUACAGAAUGAAUUACACAAGAAAAGACGGAACAAUUGUACCUGUGGCGGCAACUCAGUUCUCCCCAGCAGACGCUCGUAAAGCUUUUCCGUGCUUUGAUGAGCCCGCUAUGAAGGCGACCUUCAAUGUAACCCUUGUCCAUGACCCUGGUUUGAUUUCCAUUUCCAAUAUGCCUAUUUAUCAAACUGACGAAAAGGAUGGAUGGAAAUACGAUAAAUUCGAGAAGUCUGUGCUCAUGUCCACUUAUCUGGUAGCGUUUGCCGUGUGUGAUUUUAAGUAUACUGAAUUCACUCUGACGAAAGACGCAAAAAAGGUUAGAAUGUACGCGCCUCUGGAACAAAUUGAUCAAGUGGAAUAUGCGUCCAAAAUCACGGAUAAACUGUUUACUUUUUAUGAAGAUUACUUUGAGAUAAAAUAUGCAUUACCAAAGUCAGAUAUGAUCGCCAUUCCUAAUUUCCUUUUCGGUGGAAUGGAGAACUGGGGACUAAUAACCUACAGGGAUUGGAAUCUGCUCUUCAAACCAAAUGUAUCCUCAUCUGCCAAUAAACAGAGGGUUGCUGAGGUCGUGUCUCAUGAACUUGCUCAUCAGUGGUUUGGUAACCUUGUCACGAUGGAAUGGUGGGAUGACUUUUGGUUAAACGAAGGAUUUGCUAGUUUUAUGGAAUUCCCGGCCAUGGAUUACAUUCACCCAGAAUGGAAAAUUGAUGAUCAAGUGGUCGUAAUUGAUAUGUCAGCGGCAUUUGCAGAAGAUAGCUUGGCCAAUUCCCAUCCGAUACGAAUUCCGAUAACAAGGCCGGAAGACAUCAGCCAGAUAUUUGAUUCCAUCACAUACGAAAAGGGUGCGUGUAUUCUACGUAUGCUAGAGGCUUAUCUUGGAAAAGAAGUUUUUAGGAAAGGAUUAAAGCAUUACUUGGAAAAGUUUGAGUACGCUAAUGCAAAAACAGAGGAUUUAUGGACAGUCUUGGGAGAGGAAAGCUGUGUUCAGGGAAGAUGCGUUGAUGUUAAACACAUGAUGAACACGUGGACACUUCAAAUGGGUUAUCCUAUAGUAGACAUUCGAUAUUCCAGAGAUGACACAUACAUCAUCACUCAAGAGAGGUUCCUUUAUUAUACCGGUGCCAACAUCACGUCCAAGUAUAAAUCACCAUACGGUUACAAAUGGUUUGUACCUGUUACAUAUAUCACAUCUUCCGCGCCCAACAAAAUAAUUGCUAAAGAAAUAAACAUGACAUCAGAUACGAUUUCGUGGAAUAGAAGCGGUUGGAUCAAAGGUAACGUUGGACAGAAAGGAUUUUACAGAGUCAACUAUGACGAUGCAAAUUGGGAUGCAUUGGCGAAUGCUCUAAAGACUGACCACAAGGUAUUGAAUAUUUCAGACCGUGCUGGAGUUAUUGAUGACGCUUUUGAGCUAGCAAGGAGCGGGAAGCUGAACUACACCAAGGCAUUAGAAAUGACGUCGUAUUUGCAAGCUGAAGAAGACUAUGUUCCAUGGCAAGCCGCCAUCAAGAGCUUCAAUUUCAUCAAAAGCCUUUUAACGCCAACCAGACCCGCAUACAAAUACUUGCAGAAGUACCUUUUCUACCAAGUGGAACCUCAGUAUAAGAGGCUUGGCUUUACGGAUCGAGGCUCUCAUCUAGAAACAUUUUUGCGACCUGCCAUCUUAGAAAUUGUUUGCGAUGCAGGGGAGACAGCCUGCCUAAACAAUGCCUCGAAAUACUUUCAUGACUGGAUGAAGGAUCCAGUUCACAACCAAGUACCAGCAAAUUUCCGCUCAUUAGUUUAUUAUUAUGGUAUUACCAGUGGUGGUCGGGAAGAGUGGGAUUUCGCUUUUAAUCAGUUGCUGCGCACUUCAGUGGCGUCAGAGAGUAUGAAGCUAAUACACGGAUUGGCUGCAUCAGCUGAGCCAUGGAUCCUUAGCAGGUUUCUUCAAUUCUCACUAGACACAUCCAAGAUCAAAUCGUCUGAAGGUACAUUUGUGAUCGGUAAAGUCGCACAAAGUAGUAACGUGGGGCGGCAAAUGGCUUGGGAUUUCAUUUUAAGGCACUGGGAUGUCCUAGAAACUCGGUAUGGUGAAGGGCUGUACAUCCUCAGAAGUGUAUUGGAAUCUGUGACGAGUAGUUUCACUAAUGAAUUUCAGCUUCAACAGCUCCUAAAUUUUGUCAAAGAACGCGGUAACGGGUCUGGACUGAGCAGUCAAUCAUUGUCGCAAGCGGUCGAGAGAGUUAAGGCCAACAUUGCUUGGAUCCAAAGAAAUGAGAAGGAUCUGGAGAACUGGCUCAAAAUGUUUCUUUCCAAGAAAGGAGAACUGACAAAACAGAGUCCCAGCUUUAGUGAUCCAGCUUAACGCUAACGGUUGUAGACGAUGAAGUAUAAACACAGUGUAGACUGUUGUCUUUUCAUGAUACUUUUAAUCCUCAUGUAACAUAUGUACCAGGCGUAGAUAUUUAUGAAGACAAACAAUAGACUGAAAGACUAAUACUACGUGAAAAACGUUUCGAGACACCAACAUGAC